GUCCCUGAACCUGGCUUUCCUCUGUCGUCUCCUCAGGUCAUGACCCCCGGCCUUUACCACUACUAUGUGACAGAAUUGGCCUUCUACUGGUCACUCAUGUUCUCCCAGUUCACCGACAUUAAAAGGAAGGACUUCCUGAUCAUGUUCAUCCAUCACCUGGCCACAGUCGGCCUCAUCAGCUUCUCCUACGUCAACAACAUGGCACGAGUAGGGAGCCUGGUGAUGUGUGUCCACGAUGCCUCUGACUUCCUGUUAGAGGCAGCCAAGCUGGCCAACUACGCCAAAUACCAGCGCCUGUGUGACUUCCUCUUCAUUGUGUUUAGUGUGGUUUUCUUCAUCACACGGCUUGUUAUAUAUCCAGUAUGGGUCCUGAACUCCACCAUGUUUGAGAGCUGGGCCAUAGUUGGGCCGUUCCCGUCCUGGUGGCUCUUCAACUUCUUACUGCUGGUCCUUCAGGUGCUGCAUAUCAUCUGGUCCUACCUCAUAGCCCGAAUAGCUGUCAAAGCCAUGCUGCGCGGCAAGGUGUGCAACGACGUCCGCAGUGACAUUGAGAGCAGCUCAGAGGAAGAGGCGGACUCAACCACAGAAGGCGUCAAGACUUCAGCUCAUUCUCCAAAAGGAGAAAACGGCACAAACGGCCACUGUGCUGCUCCCACCGUCAAAGGCCGAGUGCAGAACCACAGCAGCUGGUGACAGAGCCUGAAGUCCGGAACCUCCUGCAGUUAAUACCCUCACGUCUCCAGGAGCUGAAUCAGUCACACAUACAGUCUACUAUCAUACAAUACACUGACAGUGAGUGUGCACAGAUUCAUGUUUGUGAACUGAUGGUGAAUAUGGAGACACUGACAUCGGCUUUGAAGAGCCCUGUAAUGACAUGUAUGACUUGGGAGGUUAAGUGAUAUGGAAGUCAGUGGGAGCAAGUGAUUUGCAUAGCCUUAUUCUUCAAAUGGGAUUUAUUUUGUGCUGAGUUUGGCUGCAGAUGUUGGUUGGUUUCAAUGUUCUCUCCCAGUUUUAUUGGUCAGAUGAACUUGAUUAUUUUUUGUUUGUAAGGGGUAAUUCACACUGGAUCACACAGGACAGAAAACUAAGUGUGUUUAAGGUUUCAAACAUGUUGCACUUCUUUUACCAAGUUAAGACAUGUCACAUAGAAAUAACUGAUUUAUAAUGAUGUGGUUUUAUUGGCUCUUAAACACAGGACAGCUUCUUCAUGUGUGACCAGAAAUGCAACACUCUUGAAACUUGAAGCCAUUUCUGACCUCUGCAGUUUAUUGUGUAUUUACCCUUUAACCACGUUUGGCUACUUAUUGUUUUGUUCUGUUUUACGGUUUUUUACUUCUACUGAGACCAAAUGUGUCUGAAAUUGUUUGAUGUCACUGCCUGUACAGGGAUUCAGGUAUGAGGACCAUACUAAAUGUUUGGUAUCACGUUCUCACUUGAUUGCCUUGUUUAAAACAAACAAACAAACAAACAAACAAAAAAAAACUCCAAA